UUCUCCGAGUCAUUGUCUUCCAGGCUCCGGCUGGUGGUCGGCAUGGCCCGUGGAAAUCAAAGAGAACUUGCCCGCCAGAAAAAUAUGAAAAAAACCCAGGAGAUUAGCAAAGGAAAAAGAAAAGAGGAUAGCUUGACUGCCUCUCAGAGAAAGCAGAGGGACUCUGAGAUCAUGCAACAAAAGCAGAAGAUAGCCAAUGAGAAGAAGUCUAUGCAGACAAGAGAAAAACGAUGACUGGCUUUUUGGCAAACCUGGGUGCUAUUGCCAGUGGGGUGCAUCAUAAGCUCUAAGAUCAAAAUUCCUCAGAGUGACUAAUCAUUACCUGUGUUAUAACUUAUCCUUAUAAAACUGUCUAUUUUAUACUUUACUUUUCACCCUUACUUAAUGUUUUAAGACCAUUUUCAAAGAAUAAAACACUGACCAUGCAUGUAA